AUGUUCGAUACCGUCUGCUCUCUGCCAUUGACGUCCGAUCUCUUCGCCCAAGCUAUCCAUCCAACUGAGCCUCUCUUCGCCGUAGGCCUCGCCGCCGGCCAUGUCCAGACUUACCGACUUCCAACGGUAGCCAGCGACGGCAGCUCCGACGGAGAUGCACAAGCUUCGGACAAUGGGACUGGCUGCGUAGACACACUGUGGAGGACGCGACGACAUAAGGGAAGCUGUCGCUGCCUCAGUUGGAGCCAUGAUGGCGGCGCGCUGUUUUCUGCGGGCACGGAUGGGCUGGUGAAGAGCGCGGAUGCGAUGACCGGCCAGGUUACGGCGAAAGUUGCGAUCCCUCCAGAUACCUCUGCCGACACCAUCGACUUUCCCUCUCUGCUACACGCGCUCUCCCCACAAACCCUGCUCCUAGCCACCGACUGUAGCGCCCUCCAUCUCUAUGACCUCCGCGAUCACUCGUUCGUCUCUCAGAAACCCGCGCAGACACACCACCCACACGACGGCUACAUAUCUUCCCUAACGCCCCUCCCCCCCUCCGCGGCCAGCACAUCAGGCUACAGCAAGCAAUGGGUCAGCACAGGCGGCACGACACUAGCGGUCACAGACUUGCGGCGCGGCGUUCUUGUUCGAAGCGAAGAUCAGGAAGAGGAGCUGCUAAGCUCCUGCUUCGUUGGCGGCCUACCAGCUAGAGGGACGAGCACGGGCGAGAAGGUUUUGGUAGGGGGUGGUGGAGGCGUUCUGACGCUCUGGGAGAAGGGCGCAUGGGAUGAUCAAGACGAGCGGGUUGUUGUGGAUAGGGAACCCGGCGGUGGGGAGACGCUUGAUGUCCUCACUGUGCUGCCAGAAAACGUGGGCCCGAGUGGGAAGAUCGUGGCUGUUGGUAUGGGCAAUGGCAGGAUUAGGUUUGUCAAAAUAGGGCCGAACAAGGUGGUUGGGGAAGUUAGCCACGAUGAGCUUUUGAGCGAGGGCGUCGUCGCUUUGGGCUUUGAGAAGGGGGGAAGGAUGAUCAGUGGGGGUGGGACUGUGGUAAAGGUCUGGCAGGAGAAGAUUGGGGAAGAGGAUGGUGAGGUCAACGGAGUUGGGAAGAGGAGCUUGGGAAGUGAUGAUGAAGAUGGUGAUGACGAUGGGGAUGGGGAUAGCAGCGAGGAGGAGGACAAGUCUCAGAAGCCCCGAAAGAAGAGAAAACGCAACAAGGGCAAGGAUCGAACCGGCGGCAAGCAUGUCAUGUCGUUCAAGGGCUUGGAUUAG